AUGCGUCGAGAGGAAAUGGCCAAAAAGGUCUUGUACGCAGUAGGGCUGUUGAUCAAAACCGUGCUGUUAUGCUGUACAGCUGCACAGCAAUGGGAGGCUACGGGCCAGCCAGAAGUUUCCAAAUUUGGGAUGAUGCUACAACGCCAUAUCUUCAAGAGGAUCACGGGGGCAGGUCUUUCAGAUGUGUGCUUGCGGGGAUGCUAUGCUGACGUCAGAUGUCAAAGUUUCAACUACGUCUUUACGCAAGACAUUUGUGAGCUGAGCAACCGAACUAAGGAGGCCAGACCAGAGGAUUAUGUUCCGAACCCUGAGAGAUUUUACUUUAAGCGAGAUUACAAACGAGUCCCUCUCGGUUCCAUUCCUGAGCUGCCUGCGGAGACUUGCCAGGAAAUCAAAAUGAGCGAAGGAGGACAAGCGGUCAGCGGCAAAUACUGGUUUCACUCGAUUGUACCCGAGAGGACUGUUCUGGCUCCUUGUGACAUGAAAACCGAAGACGUGGACGAGUGUAAUUCGACCAUUCCCGUGUGUGACGUCAACGCUGAGUGCGUGAACACCGUCGGUUCUCACAGUUGCUCGUGCAAAGCUGGUUUUACUGGAAACGGAAAAAAGUGUGUCGAUGUCGACGAAUGUGCCAAUAAAUCGCAUGACUGUGACGCCAAUGCCUCUUGCAACAAUACCGCUGGUUCCUAUCGAUGCACCUGCAAUUCCUGGUACCAAGGAAACGGAACAAGCUGCUAUUUUCGUGGCCUUAAUAAUUCCGUUAUUCUUACCAACCUCGACUACACCAACUACACAGGUAAGCUACUUUCCUACCUAGAGCCAGUCCUCCUGAGUUCAGAGUGGAGCAGGUUUGUGAAGUGUUGGCAUGCUAAGACAGAAGGCUGGGCGGCAUCGACAUUCCACAGCAACUGCGACGGGAGGGGACCCACAGUAACAAUCAUCAAAGCGAACGAUUCCAUAUUUGGUGGAUAUACUGAUGUGUCCUGGGGACCAAGCGGUGAGUACGUUUUUGAAUAA